AUGCGACAGGUAUGGGAUCGGCCGCGUGGCAGUGAAUCGUACUGUGCACUUGACGAGCUUCUGUCGCGUAGCAUAAUCAGCAGCCGCCAACUGGUUGAGCUUCUGAGCAGCCAGGGCCACUAUGUCGUCAGCCAGAUUCCAGCCACGAACGCUGUCGUCAGCCAUUCGCGCACCGGUGUCGAGAAUCGCGAGUGCUAA